AUGAAGAGAGCAAGUGAAUGGAAUUAUUCUCAGGAGAUUCCAAGUGACGUCACUGUUCAAAUUGGUGAAGCUUCUUAUUCAUUGCACAAGUUUCCAUUAAUUUCGAAAAGUGGAUAUAUAAGGAAACUCAUUUCAGAAUGUUGUGAUGCUAAUUCGGAUAUUCUGCUGAUUGAACUCAUUGACAUCCCUGGUGGAUCAGAAGCAUUUGAACUAGCAGCGAAAUUCUGCUACGGCAUAAACUUUGAAAUAAGCGUUGAAAACAUCGCUAUGCUACGUUGCGUGGCUGAGUAUCUCGAGAUGACAGAAGAUUAUUCGGUCGGAAACUUGGCAGGAAGAACCGAUUCUUAUUUGAAUGACGUCGCACUCAAGAGCAUGUCAGGAGCAAUAUCUAUCUUACAUAUAUCAGAAACUCUUCUUCCAAUUGCAGAGAAAGCAAAAUUGGUUAGUAGAUGCAUAGAUGCAAUAGCAUAUAUAGCAUCGAAAGAAAGCCAGUUUUGUUCAUCUGGUAGAAGUGAUGGUAGUAGCAAUGAAAGAGUGAUGAAUUCUUCUACUGUUUCUCAUCAGAGGCCAGUUGUUGAUUGGUGGGCUGAAGAUCUUACUGUUCUUAGAAUUGAUUUUUUUCAAAGAGUUCUAAUUGCUAUGAUGGCUAGAGGGUUUAAACAGUGUGGUAUUGGUCCUAUUAUAAUGCUUUAUUCACAGAAAUCUCUCAGAGGUUUGGAGAUAUUUGGAAAGGGAAGGAAAGAGAUCGAACCGCAUGAAGAGCAUGAAAAGAGAAUCAUUUUAGAGACACUAGUGAGCUUAAUGCCGAGGGAGAAGAACGCGAUAUCCGUCGGUUUUCUUUCUAUAUGGCUCAAGGCAGCAAAAUUUCUUGAGACAACAGUUGCUUGCAGGUUUGAUUUGGAGAGGAGAAUAGCCAUGCAGUUAGGACAAGCUGUUUUGGAUGAUCUUCUUAUUCCUUCUUAUAGCGGCAACACCUCGUUCGAUGUAGAUACAGUGCAAAGAAUCAUGAUGAGUUACCUUGAAUCUGAACUUGAAAAUCGUUCAGGCUAUAAUGACCAAGAUGAAUAUUAUUCUUCUCCACAGAGGGAUGUUAUUAGGGUUGGAAAGCUAUUAGAGAGUUAUCUUGCUGAAAUCGCAACUGAUAGAAAUUUAUCGGUUCCGAAGUUUAUCUGUCUUGCUGAACUAAUGCCUGAAAAAUCAAGAACCAUAGAAGAUGGAAUGUAUAGAGCCAUAGACAUCUAUCUUAAGGCUCAUCCGUUUCUAAGCGACGCGGACAGAAAGAAAGUUUGCAGCAUGAUGGACUGUCAGAAGCUAUCACGAGAGGCGCGCGCACAUGCUGCGCAAAACAACAGACUUCCUGCUCAAAAUGUGGCUCAAGUUCUCUACCAUGACCAGCAGCGUCUUCGCGACAAUAUGGAUGGCACUGGCAGCGUAGGUUCGGAUUCUCCUUCGACACCUGACAAGAGGAAUGUAUACUCAUCUGAGCUUUAUCCUGCUUCAAAUGAGGUUUCGAAAUUAAGAAGAGAAAAUGAAGAGCUGAAGUUAGAGAUAACGAAACUUAAAAUGAAAAUAAAAGAGAUUGAAAAAUGUACAAUUGAAUAUGGUGUUAGUACUAAUAGUCCUUUAUUAAAUUCACCUUCAGCUCAUAAGCCUCCUUUGCAUAGAAAAUCAUUCCUAAACUCAGUGUCCAGAAAACUCGGCCGUCUUUCUCCUUUUUCACGCACUGAUCCUAGCUUAACACCAGCCAAAGAUCGCAUAAAGCUAGACAAGGUUCGACGCUACUCCGUAUCUUAA